AUGAUGUUAAGCUCUGCAAACGACAGUAAAGACAAGCCCUGUGCCUUCAAAGAAACACCAAAAUCAGCCAAACAUAAGAACAAUGCAUUUGAAGGUGAUAAGAACGCAUUUUAUUGCUUCUUGAGUCAUAAAUCAUCAACAUUCAUUUCUAGUUCUCUAUUUAACAUGCAUUUAUGCGUAAAGGAGUGUUUUUUACUUUUUCUUCCUUCAUUUCGGCUUCUAAAAUCUCAUGAAUCCAAUUUAGAAACAAUAAACCACAAGAAAACCAAGCGGAAGACAGAAAACGAACGAUAA